AAUAAAUUCUGUCCAUCUCCGCUUCCCUACCCAACAGAAUCCUCUCAUUCUCCAGCUCAUAUUCAGCCGUCGAAGCUAUCUCCAUUACCGGUUCCUCCUUAAUCGUCGGCGGGCAUUUGCAGCAGCCACGAUCCGGCGACGACGGAGGCGCGGGGAAGUUCAUGCAACCGCUGCACCGCCGCCACCUGAAAAUAUGGGUAUUCUUUAUUUCUUCUGCAAGUCACUCCUCGUCAUGAUAUACACCUGCAGCUAUAUCAACAUUUGAACGUAAACAUUGGUGUUAGUAUCGUAGUCAGUGAGAAUGGCUGCCCUGGUUGGCCGGAUCACUCAAAUAGUUAGAGUUCGGUGCCUGAGAUACAGUUACCAUACUUCGGUGCAAACUCCAAUCCUGAACUGGAGCCAUGGAAAUGCAAUGGUGUCACCAGACAAUCAUCAUGGCAAGCAAGCCAUGACAUUGGGCUCUACAGGAGUCAUUAACCUAGUUAGUCACUCCCCUCAGCUUGGGUUUAAGACCCAAAGUUACAGUAUGAUGGCGCACGUUCCUGGUCCAAACAAAAGUUAUGCAAGCUCAGUGGCAUUGCUCGAGGAUGAAAAGAAAUCCACGCAUCAAUUGACAGGGAAGGAUCCUGCAGUACACAAGCACCAAAUUGGCGAGAACGUGCCUAGAAAGGACAAGGUUAAUUUUCUCUAUGAUACCCUUCACAAUCUGAAGGAUAGUAAAGAAGCUGUUUAUGGUGCGCUCGACGCGUGGGUUGCGUGGGAGCAGAACUUCCCCAUCGGGUCACUCAGACAGACGUUGCUCACGCUGGAGAAAGAACAGCAGUGGCACAAAGUUAUCCAGGUCAUAAAGUGGAUGCUAAGCAAGGGGCAGGGCAACACAAUGGGCACCUAUGGACAGUUAAUUCGGGCCCUAGACAUGGACCACCGGGCAGAAGAAGCGCACGAGUUUUGGGCGAGAAAAAUUGGCAGCGACCUGCAUGCGGUGCCUUGGCAGCUAUGUCACCUGAUGAUAUCGGUCUAUUAUCGCAACAACAUGCUGGAGAAUCUUGUGAAGCUUUUUAAGGGUCUGGAAGCCUUCGAUCGGAAGCCUCCAGAGAAGGCAGUAGUGCAGAAAGUAGCAAAUGCAUAUGAGAUGCUGGGCUUGAUGGAUGAGAGGGAUAGGGUGUUGGACAAGUACAAGAGUUUGUUUUCUGAGACACGGCGCCCCAACAAGUCUAGGAAGCUUCCCAAAAAAAGGAAACGAGGAGGAUAAGGCAAACUGUAGCUUCUGUCUUAUGUUUGUCUCGUCCUAUAGCAUGAAGAUGCUAAGAAGGAAAUUGAGCUGUAGGUGGGCGUGGUUUUGUAUUGCUUCUACUCUUUAUGGGCUGUUUGGUUGUGGACUAGUUUCCUAGUUUUUUAGAAAAUUAGACUAUAGAAAUAGAAAAUUAUAGAUAGAAACUAAAAAUCAUUUUUCAUGGUUGAAGAGUUGCUUAGUAAUUGUUAGAUUUUUUAACAUAUAUAUAUAUAUUUUGGUUAACGCAC